AUGCUCACGUCAUGACAGGCCUGUUAGCUUGAGGAGUGCAUUGUGUCCUCGGUGUACUUUACCUGUAUUUGCAAACAUGUUUGUUGCCCGCAGCAUUGCAGCGGAUCAUAAAGAUCUAAUUCAUGAUGUGUCGUAUGAUUUUCACGGCCGGAGAAUGGCGACUUGUUCCAGUGACCAAAGUGUCAAAGUGUGGGACAAAAGUGAGAAUGGGGUGUGGCACUGCACCGCCAGUUGGAAGACACAUAGUGGAUCAGUGUGGAGAGUGACCUGGGCUCAUCCAGAAUUUGGACAAGUGCUUGCAUCAUGCUCCUUUGACAGGACAGCGGCUGUCUGGGAGGAGAUUGUCGGAGAAUCAAAUGACAAACAGAGGGGAUUGAGCCACUGGAUAAAAAGAACCACACUUGUGGACAGUAGAACAUCAGUGACUGAUGUGAAAUUUGCCCCCAAACACAUGGGUCUAAUGCUGACCACGUGUUCUGCGGAUGGAGUGGUGAGGAUCUAUGAGGCUCCGGAUGUCAUGAACCUGAGUCAGUGGUCCCUGCAGCAUGAAAUCUCUUGCAAGCUCACCUGCAGCUGCAUUUCUUGGAAUCCCUCCAGCUCACGUGCCCACCCGCCAAUGUUCGCAGUGGGGAGCGACGACAGCAAUGUCACGUACGGUGGCAAAGUCCAGAUCUAUGAGUACAAUGAAAACACAAGGAAAUAUGCCAAAGCUGAGACGCUGAUGACCAUUACCGAUGCAGUGCAUGACAUUGCAUUUGCUCCAAAUCUGGGACGAUCUUUCCAUGUCCUCGCCAUUGCAACAAAAGAUGUCAGAAUCUUUAAACUUGUCCCUUUAAGAAAGGAGAGCACCGCUACAGGACCGACCAAGUUUGAGGUGCAGAUUGUCGCCCAGUUUGACAACCACAACUCCCAGGUGUGGCGUGUGAGCUGGAACAUCACCAGCACCUUGCUGGCCUCUUCUGGGGAUGAUGGCUGUGUGCGUUUAUGGAAAGCCAACUACAUGGACAACUGGAAGUGUACAGGCAUUCUGAAGGGAGACGGCAGCCCACUAACUGGUUCAUCUGGUCAGCCCACAGCCAUGAGAACUGUGGUGGGCUCCUCUGCUCAGACCUCCCAGAAUGCACUAAAUGGAAUGUCUGCAGGAAGGUAAGGUGGUGUGGCUUGCCUGACACCACUCACCCAUCCCAACCUGAGCCAGUCCGAACUGACAACCCGGUAUGCCCCACACUUUCUGGGACCAUGACCGCUCACUGACAAACUCCUGGAGCCAAACUGCACUCACGCAAAGAGCUUGGCUUGUUGCUUUCCAGCAUACAGGUUGUUGGCAUUCAACCUGUGCACCCAGGUGUUACAUAUUUUGUUGUUUGUUUUUUGACAUAAGUAUUUUUGUUGUUGUUGUACUGAUGCUUGUUAAUAAUCCCAUGCUUCUAUUUUGCAUUGUAUCAGGGCUAACCACCAUGCUUUGUCAAGUGAAAUAAACCUGUUCAUUUAA